AAUUCGUUAAUUUUUAGUUAAGAGUUCGGAUAAAACUCAUAAAAGACUCCAACACAUACUUUCUCUCCAUUUUUCGGAUUUCGUAAAUCCUCAAUCGAAAAUUUGUUUCCGCCAUAGCUUCGAAGCUCGCGAUUGUACUGAGCUUUUUCCGAUUGGGGAGCUUCGGAUGCUGGUUGGAGUUGAGUGUUGGCGUUUGAAGAUCAGUUUGUUUAGAAAGGGGAAGAGAGGAAUUGAAGAUGAGUUCGCGCAGCAGGAGUCAAAGCCGUAGCCGUAGCCGUAGCAGAAGCAGGAGUCCUCGAGAUCGUAGAAUGCGAUCUCAACGCCCUUCUUUUCGUGAUGCUCCAUAUAGGAGAGAUGCACGUCGGGGUUUCAGCCAAAGCAAUGUCUGUAACAACUGCAAACAGCCUGGUCACUUUGCUAGAGAAUGUACAAACGUUGCUGUUUGCAACAACUGCGGCCUCCCUGGGCAUAUUGCUGCUGAGUGUACCACAAAAUCUCUUUGCUGGAACUGUCGUGAGCCUGGGCAUAUGGCCAGUAACUGCUCAAAUGAGGGCAUCUGCCAUGCAUGUGGCAAAGCUGGGCACCGUGCCAGAGAAUGCCCGAAUCCUGAACUCCCACCCGGUGACUUGAGACUGUGUAACAAUUGCUUCAAGCAAGGCCAUGUUGCUGCGGAAUGCACAAAUGAUAAGGCAUGCAAGAAUUGCAGGAAGACAGGACACCUUGCUCGUGACUGCUCUGAUGAGCCCGUUUGUAACUUGUGCAAUGUCUCUGGCCACGUGGCCAGGCAAUGUCCGAAAGCUGAUGUUCUUAAUGACCGGGGCAGUGGUGGUGGUGGUGGUGGAGGUCGUUAUGGUGGUUUUGGAGGAGGUGGUGGUGGACAUGGUGGAGGUCGUUAUGGUGGUUUUGGAGGAGGCAGUGGAGGAUAUCCCAUGGGAGGAGGAGGGGGUUAUCGUGAUAUCAUCUGCAGGAGUUGUGGCCAGAUGGGACAUAUGAGCAGAGAUUGCAUGGGCGGUCCAGCUAUGGUUAUCUGUCACACCUGUGGUGGUCGAGGACAUAUGUCUUAUGAAUGCCCUUCAGGAAGAAUGAUGGAUCGCAUGCCACCGAGGAGGUACUGAGAUGGCAUAUCUUAUUGAUUACACUUUGGAUGAUGGAAUUGAUUUCCAUGAAGUUCGUUGACCGAAUAAAAACUUGUAUGUUGUCGUGCUUUUUUUGUUUAGUCAGUCAUUACAGAAUUUUUGGUGACUUUGUUGCUGCCGUUUUGGUUUUGAAUUUCCUGUUGACAAUUAUAGAGCUAUUAAGUUUUGUGUUUUUUUUUUUUUUUUUUUUUUUUUUUUUUUUUUUUUUUUUUUUUUUUUUUUUGGAUAUAGCUAUUAUGUUAUUGGCUAGUUUGAAUUUACUCGUUUAGUUAUUGUGUGCUACAGAAGUGUGUGCUGCAAACUAUAGAGAAGGCUGAUUGUAUUUUAAUAUUUUUAUUGCCCUCUUGAUUGUGAUUGAUGUUCGUUUUUUUUCUGUUAACAAGCUUUAGGCUCUUUUGAUGAGAUUCUACCAGACCUCAGAAAUUCAAUCUUUUCCAGCUAAAUUGAUGCUUACAAGGUCUCAAUGCCAAUAUGCUCUACCUCAUCAAUUAGAUUCUUAGAGAUUGGACUGCACCCAGCGAACCUGUAUGGCCUUGAGAAUUCCAUCCUACCUUUGAAAUUAACAUUACAUCUAUAGACAUGUCCUUGAAAGCAUUCUGUGAGAGGUUCUAUCCCAUUUUCCAUAGGAAAUUUGUCACAGAAAACUCAAUUGUUCGAGAACUCUGAGGGGUUCAAUACCUUAUUUGGUAGGAAACUUGUCGUCCUUAGAAAUAUUAUACCUUUCUGAAAGAAGCUGAAUAACUCCAUUCCAGAUAGCCUGGCCAACUCUCAGAGUUAUUCAAGUUGCAUCUUGAAGUGGUAGGGAAUUCCAGCAGAAGUUCAUUUGAUCCCAUAAAAAAAAAAAAAAAAAAAAAAAAAA